GGCGAGGAGCGGCGCGGCCAUGGGCUCGGUGCGGGUGGCCGACGUGGGGGCGGCGAUGGGGCGGCUGCGGGGCCGCGUGCACCGCACGCCCGUGCUGACCUGCGGGACGCUGCAGCGGCUGGCCGGCCGCAGGCUGCUCUUCAAGUGCGAGCUCUUCCAGCGCACCGGCUCCUUUAAGAUCCGCGGGGCGCUGAACGCGGUCAGGAGCCUCGUGGAGGAGGCGGAGAGGGCAGGGCAGGAGCGGCCCCGCGCCAUAGUGACGCACAGCAGCGGGAACCACGGGCAGGCGCUCGCCUGUGCGGCCCGGGAUGAAGGCAUCCCUGCCUACGUCGUGGUGCCCCGCACAGCCCCGCCCUGUAAACAAGCUGCUAUCCGUGCCUAUGGUGCCACGCUGGUGCCGUGCGAGCCCAGUGAUGAGUCCAGAGCAGAGACAGCUGCACGGGUGGUCCGGGAGACAGGAGGAGUCAUGGUGCACCCCAACCAGGAGCCGGCCGUGAUCGCAGGGCAGGGCACUAUUGCCCUGGAGGUGCUGGAGCAGGUGAGGGGAUGCAGCACGAGGGUACAGAGCUGCCAUAGAAAUGGCUCACGUUUCUUUUCUGCGCAGGCACCGGAGGUGAAUGCAGUGGUGGUUCCUGUUGGGGGCGGAGGAAUGGUAGCAGGAAUAGCAGUGGCCAUCAAGGCAUUGAGACCAGAUGUGAAAGUGUUUGCUGCCGAACCCCGCAAUGCAGAUGACUGCUACCAGUCCAAGCUGAGAGGGGAACUGACCCCCAACCGACACACUCCAGUCACCAUCGCUGAUGCAGUUAAAACCAGCAUUGGAGAAAACACAUGGCCCAUCAUUAGGGAUUUGGUUGACGAUGUUCUGACCGUCUCAGAGGAAGAAAUCAAGCUGGAAGGAGCUGGCGGAAACUCUGCUCUCCCUUCCCAAAGUGCUGCAGAGCCAGAUGUACACGCGGUGCCCUCCGUAGCCCUAGAGGAGCACGUACUUGCUGCUGGGAUGACAGCUGCUGUUCUGUCCCAAACAGCGAGCCACACGGCUGGUGUGGGAAAGGAUGAAGCUGCUGAUAGAGCCAACAGCGGGUGUGGGAGUCGCAGCCGUGCUUUCAGAGCAGUUCCAGGCAGUCCCCCGGGAGGUGGAGAAUGUUUGCAUCGUGCUGUGCGGAGGAAACGUGGACCUGAGCUCCCUGACCUGGCUCACAGAGCUCCCUGGGGACGGAGACUGAGAACAGAGCGGCGUAUCCAGUGGGGGGAACCUGGCUUUGAAUUUGUACGGUUGGGUUUGUAUGAUACUAAAAACUAGAUGAACAAUCCCA